CUGUAGCAGGCUAGCAGCGCACACAGCCGCCUGCUCGGAAACAUCCCUGCCGUCGGCGCUACCCCUAUUUCGCGGGUACCGACGUCCGAUAUCACCCCCCGCACGACAGCAACUCCGCACCGCGCCUCCCACAGCGCGAGCGACGGGCGGGCGCGCUCCCCCUCUCUGGCGUUUUUCCCCCGGGCACUUGCGCUGGCGCCCCGCUGGGGCGUUGCUGCGAGGCCCAGCCGGCGCACGGGGAGGCAGCGGGUUACCGGGGGCCUGGCUCGGCGGCGGCAGCGGGAUGAGCGGCAAGGAAGGAUCGGGUGGGUUCAGAAAACGAAAGCAUGACAAUUUUCCACGCGGCCAAAAACGAGAGGAAAAAGAGAAUGUUACUCCAUCUUCAGCUUUGAUGACAUCUUUCAAAUCAUUUCAGCUGGAGAUUGACACCAGGCAUGAUAAAUAUGAACGGCUUGUGAAGCUCAGUCGUGAUAUAACUAUUGAAAGCAAAAGAACAAUAUUUCUGCUCCACAGGUUUAUCAGUGCUCCGAAUGGGGAAGAAAUAUUGAAUGAAUCUGAAGUAAAACUAGAUGCUGUCCGACGGAAGAUUAAGCAGGUUGCACAAGAACUGAUUGGAGAAGACGUGUAUCAGUUCCACAGAGCUAUAUCUCCAGGACUUCAGGAAUAUGUUGAGGCGGUCUCAUUUCAGUAUUUUAUCAAAACACGCUCUUUGAUUAGUGUGGAAGAGAUCAACAAACAACUAAUAUUUACAGCAGAAGACAGAGAAGAAACAACAAACACGACCUCCAGUUCCCAUGAUAAACAACCACAUACUUGGAGCCUGAAGAUAACGCCUGUUGAUUACCUGCUGGGAGUGGCUGAUCUAACCGGAGAGCUGAUGCGGCUGUGCAUCAGCAGCGUUGGAAAUGGUGACAUAGACACGCCUUUUGAACUGAGCCAGUUCUUACGUCAGAUUUAUGAUGGUUUUACUUUCAUUGGCAACACUGGACCUUACGAAGUAUCUAAGAAGCUGUAUACCUUGAAGCAGAGUCUGGCAAAAGUAGAGAAUGCCUGCUACACAUUAAAAGUACGGGGAUCUGAAAUCCCAAAGCACAUGCUGGCUGAUGUGUUCUCCACCAAAACAGAAUUGAUUGAUGAUGAUGGUCUUCCUUAAAAUAAGGAGACUGUUCCAAUGCAGAAGGGGAGAGGACUUAAGGAAAGCUUUCUAGUUACAGUUUGUGAGGUUUUGACUCUUCUCAAAACUUUUUAGGUAGAGACAUUUGUAGUUUUAUCCAAGAGAAUAUUGUUUGCAAUGGUUAAUUUGUAACCGAAUGUACUUUUUCUGAUGUGCAGGAGAACAAAUGUUUGACUUUGUCCUUUCAGUUUGGAAUUUACUGUAUUGCUCCAUUUUAUCGUCCUUCAGAAUUACCAGAAUUUCCACUGCACUCUACAUCAGUUGACUGUCCUUCAUGUGAGUCACCUCAAACUGUUGUGUUUGCUGUUAACAGUUUUUGGCAAGCACAGCAGUGGAAUAAAAAUGGUGGGGUACUGUUAUUUAGCAUUAUCCAUAUAUUUUUGCUGACAUGUUUUUUUGAGUAUUUGGGUUCUAUACUCAUACCUAAAAUAAUGUACCUAUCUAUGUGUAAGUUCAUUCCUUGUCUUGAAACUGAGGUGGACUCAAAGGUGCCAUGUAACUGUAAGUUUUUUCUGAUUAAUGCUUUUGUGAAUGAAACUGGAACUAGAUCAACUUUUUGCUAGUUGAUAGUGAAGCUAAUCACACCAGGUAAAUAUUGCUGUGCACUCAUUAUUUUGGGGCUCUGUUUAAAUUGAGCUUUGUUCAAGUUAACACUGGUACUUCACAGUUUUGGCAUGAGCUAGAAAAUCCACAAAAAUAAAAUUGUGGAAUAUA